CGGACACGAAACAUUUAUCUACAAGCUGUAUCGUUUUCAAUUCGCAUGGAUUAACUCUCAUUGUCUCGUGUAUCCUUGGACGUCCUUUCUACUGUUAUGGCUGCGCCACGGGCCAAUUACAUCUCCUUGGCCUCGUCCUGGAGAGGCCUGCGAGCGCCGACGUCCAGGCUCGGCCAUACACCAGUCGCAACCUCUAGACAGGCCUACAGGCAAACCCUUUCCAAUCGGAGAUACUUCUCAUCCCCCAAAGGAGAACCGGAACGUUCGUUCAGGGCUCAAUUGUAUGAAAGUACAGCCCAGCGGGUGAAGAGAGAGCGUGCGGAGCAGCGGAAAUUGGCGGAACAAAGCAGCAUUUGGGAAACCUCUGGCGCGAGGAGGGGUGCAUUGACCUUUGUCAUCCUUAGCUCUUCGCUGUUUUGCUACUUUCUAGGGUCAUCGACGGUGGGUCAGCCAUCGACAGCAUCGACGACGACGUUGGCGGAGGCAAAGGCACCAAGGCAUGACACCUCCCCGAGGAAUCUCCAGUCAUCAUGGGCUGACCUGGUAGCGAUUGUCGGCCAAGACAACGUAUCUACCCAGGAAGGGGAUAUUCGGAACCACUCGGGGAGCGAAUGGUCGUCUUAUGAGGUUCAAGAGAACGAUCGGCCAUUUGCUAUUGUGCGUCCGGCAUCGACUGAAGAGGUCAGCGAAAUUGUCAAGGUCUGCUACAAACGCCGCAUUCCCAUCACACCUUACUCGGGUGGAACUAGUUUGGAGGGUCACUUUGCCGCCACGAGAGGAGGCAUCUGCAUUGAUUUCUCGCGCAUGGACAAGGUUCUGGCUCUGCACAAGAAUGAUCUAGAUGUUAUCGUACAGCCUGCUGUAGGAUGGGAAUCUCUCAAUGAAGAACUUGCUCAAGAGGGUCUGUUUUUCCCUCCGGACCCGGGCCCGGGCGCCAUGAUUGGCGGAAUGGUUGGAACAGGAUGCUCUGGAACAAAUGCCUAUCGUUACGGUACGAUGCGGGAUUGGGUCUUGUCUCUUACGAUUGUUCUCGCCGAUGGCACCAUUAUCAAAACACGGCAGCGACCCCGGAAAUCCAGCGCAGGCUACGAUCUCACGCGAAUGUUUAUCGGCAGCGAAGGCACCCUGGGUCUGGUAACCGAAGCUACGCUCAAGGUAACGGUAAAGCCAAAGGAAGAAAGUGUCGCGGUUGCGAGCUUUGGAACGGUCCGCCAAGCUGCCGAUUGCGUGGCCAAGGUCGUCGGCGAGGGCAUUCCAGUCGCCGCCAUCGAGAUCUUGGACGAUGUGCAAAUGAGGGUGAUCAACGAGAGCGGCGCAACGAGUCGGUCCUGGAAAGAGGUACCAACGCUCUUUUUCAAAUUCGCCGGCACUCCUGCAUCCGUCAAGGAGCACAUUAGCAUCGUCAAGCAGCUGGCCAAAUCCAAGGGCAGCAAAUCCUUUGAGUUCGCCACAAGCAAAGACGAGGCCGUUGAGCUGUGGAGUGCCCGCAAACAGGCCCUUUUCAGCGUCAUGUCCUUGAAGCGCGACGCGGGCGACCAUGUCUGGACCACGGAUGUAGCUGUGCCUAUUUCCCGACUGCCUGACAUUAUUGAAGAGACCAAGGAAGACAUGACGAAGUCUGGACUUCUCGGUGCGAUAGUAGGCCAUGCCGGAGAUGGCAACUUUCAUGCUAUCCUCUUGCACAAUGACAAGGAACGCCAAAAGACUGAAGAACUCGUCCAUCGUCUCGUCAAACGUGCUCUCGAAAUGGAAGGCACCGCCACUGGCGAGCACGGCGUCGGCCUCAUCAAGCGCGACUACUUGGAGCACGAACUCAACCAGGACACUGUCGAUGCCAUGAGACGACUCAAACAAGCAUUUGACCCUCUCUGCCUACUCAACUGCGACAAAGUCGUCCGCGUCCAAAAGCCCAAACGUGGCGAAAUUCACGAAUGGUAAAAUGAAAGUAGAAACCCUCUUCUUUUUGCUUUCUCUUGGGUUUCCCUGCCGAUAGUGUUCCCGUGUUCAAUUCCCAAAAAUUAUUCUCAUUAAAUCAAGAUGGUCUCAAAAAAGGGAUUCGCACAAGAAUGUUAGCCCCGGGGGUGGUCAGGAUUGCGUAUCUGGCAGGAACUUAUAACAUUUUAUUUUUAUCAAAUUUGCCCUUGGCGCUAUGCUGCAGUUACUGCACGAUUGCACAUGUCUUCAUGACGGAGGUAUCAUCUAUCCAACUUACCAUUUUUGUUUAACUCGGUCCCACCGUUUAGUACCACUCGAGCGUCACGUCAUUAUGGUUUUAGCUAUUUAUAGAAAUCUGAAUCGAAAAUGUAUCAAUAGAUUUGG